AUGUUUUCUCCUUGGGUGCUACUUCUACUCUCCAUCCUCGCCGUCUACGUCAAUGCCUCUCCUCUACUUGAAGCUCGCAAGAAUGGCGGUGCCAACAAGGGCGGUCCGGCUUCAGCAAAAGUGACAAUUUACAGCCAAUAUACUUGUGCUGCACCAAACACUCUUCCACCCACGGAUGGCAGCGCAGGCACAGCAAACAACUUCAACAUUGCAGAAGCUCAAUGCACGAUCCCCAACACUGGUCUAUCAUUCGGAGGAGCUAUCACGGCAAGCUUGACCGCUGAGCCAAAGACCGGAACUGCUGGCUGUUAUGUGGUCGGACACAGCCAACAGGGCUGUGGCAUCACCUUGUCGAAUUACAUUUAUGGCUGGCCGUUUGCAGGAACUGCUGUUGGAAACACCCUUGGAUGUGGGAAUGCGCCUUCGGGAACUUCAUGGAAUGCCUUUGAGAUUAUUUGCGAAUAG